AUGGUUAUCGGUCUGUUAGUCCUCACAUCCAUCCCGACCACGGCUGGCGUGGCAUUCGGAGUCAGCGAGCAGCGUAAAGCGAACCAGCGCAAGGAGGAUGCGCGGCGAAUGGCCAAAUUCAACAUCGAUGUAGAAUGCGAUGGUGAAACAGAUGAUGAUCGCGACGUUAAUGGACGAAGAUUAGUAGUUCGAAAUGACAAGGUCUACCUCGACCACCCAACCCCAUCAGAUCGAUCAACACCCGCCUUCACAGCGCUAGCCUUCUACAUCGAAUACCCCGAACUCGAAGAAACCAAGCAUCUCGACCGAGGCCUCGGUCUACCAACUUACGUAUCCGCCAAUCCACCCUUACUAAACUGGAUCUACGCGGACGUCAACACGCACGAGAUGAAAUACGGGAAUCGCUCGCAGAGCGUGGCGCAUAUUGUCGGGCCGUGGGAUUGGACGGAGGAUGAAAGAGUUAUUACCCUGGAGGAGAGUAGUGGGUUUGUCGCGGUUGAAGAGGAGGAGGGGGAGUGGGCGCUUUAUUUUGACGGGGAUGGGGAUGAAUGUGAGGCUAUACUGGAGGAACGGGGGAUGUUGGAUAGGGCGUUUGUGCCGGUUAAGUUGGUUAGGAGGCCGGCGGAGGAGGAGGAGCCGUCGGGGCCGUCGGGGGCUCAGCAGGGUUCUUCUGGACAAAGUCAAGGACCGAGUCAAGGACCAAAAAAGGCAGAGUAG